AUGCCUGAACCCCACCACGAGGACCCCGCUUCAGGCCCAAAGUCCACUCAGGAGAUCCCGCAGCCAAGGGAACAACAGCGACACAACCCGCUACUGAGGUGGACAACGGUAACCCUCCCCCCACCAAUUUUCUUCGUCCCGCUACUGCUUCUCGCCGCCUUUUAUCUUCUCUUUUCUUCCUCUCCUCCUCAAGUCCAACAAUCUUGUUCACUUCAGCACAUCCCGCCACUCCAACCAGCAUCCUAUACCCCUCCUUCCGCUCCAAAAACAGUCGCCAUGGCUUCCACCGAGCAGACCUUCAUUGCCAUCAAGCCUGAUGGUGUUCAGCGUGGCCUGAUCGGCCCCAUCAUCAGCCGCUUCGAGAGCCGAGGCUUCAAGCUGGUUGCCAUCAAGCUCACCCAGCCCGGAAAGGAGCACCUCGAGGCCCACUACGCCGACCUCAAGGGCAAGGGCUUCUUCGAUGGCCUCGUCAGCUACAUGAACUCUGGCCCCAUCUGCGCCAUGGUCUGGGAGGGCCGUGAUGCUGUCAGGACCGGCCGCACCAUCCUCGGUGCCACCAACCCUCUUGACUCUGCCCCUGGCACCAUCCGUGGCGACUUCGCCAUCGAUAUCGGCCGCAACGUCUGCCACGGCUCCGACUCCGUCGAGAACGCCAAGAAGGAGAUUGCCCUCUGGUUCAAGGACGGUGAGGUCGUCUCCUACAAGGCUUCCCAGUUCGGCUGGAUCUACGAAAAGGAGUAA